CUGUUUUAAACAGACAAACAAAAGUUUCCACACAAUCUCGAAUAAAAACGUGUUUUGUAAAUAUAUUAUAUGUAUCCUUUAUUAUACAGCUGAAAUGAAGCUGACACAGGGUUAAAAUGGUGAAAUUUUAUUCAGAGGAUGACCGGGAGCUCGCUGGACUCUGUGGAAACUGGCAGCAGCUUGAUAUUCUCAAACGAAGAAGGGAAGCGUAUAAGGAGGGGAAGGUGGAGAUGAAGGAACUGGGAGAUAUGACAAGAAGUGAGAGACUGCUCUGGUAUAGAAACAAUAUCGAAGCUGUAGAUGAAGACAGGGAGCGUGCUGGGUACAGCAGCAACUAUAAGCAGCUUGAGCUGGCUAGAGGGAAGAAAGCUGUUGCUGAAGAAGAUUUAGAGGAGACACGAUCCAGUAGGAUCAGGUGGUACAGGAAUGGUGGCAGGGAAGUGGUUGAGAAGGAGAAAGAGCUGGCUGGUGUGUGUUCCAACUGGAGACAAUUCUAUCUUCUAACUCGGGGUCCAGCUCUUAGAGCUCAGAGAGAGAGAGAGGAACAAGAAGAGGCAGAAGAGGUUAUACCAACCAGAUCUGAGGCCUUGCUGUGGUACAGGGCUGGUGGUGAGUCAGUGGUAGAUGAUAUGCAUAAUACAGCCAGGAACUCGGAGAACUGGAUUCAGUAUAAGCUGACUAGAGAUGCUAGAAAGCAUGCUGAGGACCUGAGCAGAGCUGUUCAGGUGAACUACUCUGACUUUAAGUCCAAGGAGGAACUGUACGGGUACUUGUCCAAGAUGAGGACAGAGGGUAUGGAGGAACGGAAUGAAAUCAGAACAUCUAUUCGCAAUAGGUCAGUCUUAGAUAGCGUGACAAAGUUAGCAUAUGAUUGCCAUCUGAAACCUUAUGAAUCCUAUGAAGUGGAUGAAGCCUCUGCCAAGUCAAUGCUUUCAAAGCAAAAAAUAUCAAUGCUUGAGGAGAACUUACGGCAAACAACUGAAGAGGUGAUGAUGAUGAGAACCAAGUACACUCAGAGUGCUCGAGAGCUCGCUAUCCGAGCAUAUAAGGAGGAUCAGGAAGCGGUUGCGGCAUCUCGCAUGAAAAGGAAGACGACUACAAUGCAGACCCAAGCUGUUAUGACUUCUAAUUAAGAAAAAAAUGAUCUUUUUUUAAAUGGUCAAUAAGCUGUAUCUCAGUGUAUAUAUUAACAACUUCAGAGACGACUGUACGGAAUUUAUACUGUCUGUAUCCUUAUAUUCAUGACUUCCUGCAACUGUUAAACUUGU